CUUUCCAGUCUCACCCUCAUCGUUUGCCAUCAUGACUCCCUCACCACAACGAACAGUGACCCGCGAAGAGGUCGCUAAACACAACAGCGAGGGCGAUUUGUGGGUCAUCAUCGACACGUUUGUGUAUGACCUGUCCAAGUUCGCAAAGUUCCACCCGGGCGGUCUGUCCGUGCUCCUUGACGAGGACGUGGCGGGCAAGGAUGCAACCACCACUUUCUUCGGUCUGCACGGGAUGGAUGUCCUCAACAAACCUCAGAACGACAGGAUGAUCAUCGCUCGUAUUGAGGGUGAGAAGCCCAAGAUCCGCCGUCCUCAGCCCGGAGAACUCUCGCGCGUACCCUACGGCGAGUCGAAUUGGCUCGCACCAGCAUUUAAGAGCCCGUACUAUAAUGAAUCGCACCACCGUCUGCGCAAAGAGAUGCGUGUGUUUGUCGACACUAAGCUCUACCCCGAGGCGCAGGCACACGAGGUCAGCGGCAAGGAGGCGAGUGCUCAGGUUAAGCGCGACAUGGCCGAGUCCAAGCUCAACCACAUGCGUCUCGGCCCCGGCAAGCAUCUUCAUGGCUUGACGCUCAUGGGUGGCAUCAAGGGCGAGGAAUUCGACUACUUCCAUGAGCUCGUGGUGAUCCAAGAGCUGAGCCGAAUUCGGGCCAAGGGGUACUCUACUGGCGCGAUGGCUAGCAUUUCCAUCGGCCUUCCACCUGUCAUGAACUUUGGCAAGGAGCCAUUGCGGUCGCGCAUCAUUCGGGAGGUUCUCGAGGGGGAGAAGAUGGCCUGCCUAUGUAUUACGGAAGCGUUUGCAGGGUCCGACGUGUCCGGUAUCAAGAGUCGCGCAGUGCGCCAGCCGGACGGCGGCUGGAUUCUCAAUGGCACCAAGAAGUGGAUUACGGGCGGUAUGUACGCCGAGUACUUCUCCGUCGCAGCUAAGACGUACGGCGGCGACUGCCCUGACGGGGCCAUCUCCAUGUUCAUCGUGCCCCGAGGUGAGGGCGUCAAAACCAAGUUCAUCCCAACGAUGUAUUCUCCCGCGGCCGGCACAGCGUACAUCACCUUUGACAAGGUGCGCAUCGAACCCGAGCAGCUGUUGGGCGAGGAGGGCAAGGGCCUGUUCAUCGUGCUGUCCAACUUCAACAAGGAGCGGUGGGGGAUCAUUGCCGGUGCGGCCGCGACUUGCCGCCUCGUCACUCACGAGUGCAUCCUGUGGGCAGCGCAACGCGAAGUGUUUGGCAAGAACCUCCUUUCGCAACCUGUCAUCCGCCUUAAGCUCGCCGCGAUGAUCGGCAAGACCGAGGCCGCACAGCAUUGGGUGGAAAACAUUACCUAUCAGAUGAACCACAUGGACUACAAGACGCAAGCCAAGCACCUGGCUGGCCAGCUCGCAUUCCUCAAAAUGAUGACCACUAAGUGGAUGAACGAGGUCAUUGACGACGCUGUGCAGAUCUUUGGCGGCCGUGCGCUCACCAAGACUGGCACGGGACGCUUCAUUGAGCGGGCCCACGCGUCCAAGAAGUUUGAGGCAGUCGGCGGCGGCUCGGAGGAGAUUAUGGGUGACCUCGGCAUGAGGCAACUAAUGCGAGACCUGCCUAAGGACCAGAAGUUGUAAGACACACUAACGGAUGUUGUAGAAAGUGUAGAGCUCGUAUGCAGUAUGAAGUAUG